AAUAUGAAUUUCAAUCGUCAUUCAAAAUUCCUGACCAAUGUGGUGGUAAUGUUAAUUUUGAUGGUCUUAUUGGCGAUUGGAUCGUUGAGGAAAGUGUUUGCAAAUUUGGACGAUUCACAAUUCAAACGAAAUCCAGGUUUAUCCGGCAAUGCCGCGACAGGAGUCCGAUUUAAUGCAACUGCGGCCGGGAGUGGCCGUACGAAUCGGACCGGAAAUGUACGUCAUAAUAUUCCGACAGAAGACGAUGUGUUGAGUUGGUCAGUGGAAGCACCACGAUUUGCGUGCGACGAAAAUAACUCAGCGAGUUACAUGGUUUAUUGUCAAGGCAAAUUAUUGCAUGCAGUAGCAAUGUUGAACAUUUUCAAAGAUUCAAAAACAUUUGUGGAUAAGCCGAUGAAACGUGAUCCAGAAGAUAUUAAUGAGGACUUCAAUAAGCAUUUCAAUCAUCAGAUCACAACGAAUGAUCGAGAGGCUGUGCGAUCGUUUCUUGAAGAGAAUUUCGGCAACCAAGGCGAUGAUUUGAGCGAGUGUCCCGAAGGAACGAUGUCAGAUUGGCUUGAUGAUCCGGAAUAUUUGAUUUCAAUUGACGAUGACGAAAUGCGUCGAUUCGCGUUGGAAAUUCAUGCGUUAUGGAAGAAGCUCUGUCGAACGGUCAAAAAUGAGGUGAAGACAAAUCCGAAAAGAUAUUCAUUAUUGUACGUUCCAAACGAGUUUAUAAUUCCUGGUGGACGUUUCCGAGAGUUGUAUUAUUGGGAUUCAUAUUGGGUGGUUAAGGGACUCAUUGCCUCAGGUUUCUUUCAUCGCUUAUUUCAUGACACCAUGGGAAUAUUCUUUUUCAUAGAUUAG